AUGGCUCGAUGGCAGGAUAUGCUCAGUGAACUAUUUUGCAAACCAAUCCGGAUCGGCGAGAAAUACUAUUUCCAUGGUAGAUCAAAAGUGACCUGGUUCCAAGCCGCCCACAUAUGUCGAAGAUUUGGCGGAGAUCUGGCCUUGAUCGAACCGACGGAAGAGAUGAAAAUUGUUUCAGAUUAUCUGGCCGACGCCGACAAGCACGCUAGGUACUUGAUAUCGGACAACGAUCUUGUCUCAGUUGACAAGUUCAUGUCAAUAACCAACGGACAGCCACUGAAAUUCUUCUCUUGGUCUGAUGGGCAGCCAGAUUUGCCAGGUGUUGAGCACUGUAUGAACUUGUGGUCCCGGGAUUCAGCUUUCCGGAUGAAUAACUGGAAGUGCCUGGAGAAGGCACAGUUUCUGUGCCAGAGACAGAACAUGACUCGUUGCAGCGAUUCUUGCUAG